UCAUGUGUCGAAUAGGAUUUCGUCAGUGGCAGUGAUUAAUCAGCGGUGCAUAAAUUUUAUCAUGGAGAACGACGCUUCCUCGGCUAAGCGGGGUUCUCGUGAUCUUACGGAAGAAAUGAAAGCCAAUGUGAAGAGUACGUUCGCGAUGUUCGAAAUCGAACGUAAAGGUUUUAUGGAUGUUGCACAGCUGAAGGUUGCCAUGCGAUCGCUCGGAUUUGAGCCGCGCAAGGAGGAAGUCAAGAAGUUAUUAAAGGAGGUCGACCCGAAGAGUACGGGGAAAGUCGAGGAGAACGAUUUUGUGCGCGUCAUGGGACAGAAACUGGUUGAGAAGGGGGCAACGGAAGAAAUCAUGAAAGCUUUCCGCCUGUUCGACGACGACACUACUGGCAAAAUAUCCUUCGCUAACUUGAAACGAGUUGCCCAAGAGCUCGGGGAAGUUAUUUCCGAUACGGAAUUAAAGGAAAUGAUUGAGGAGGCGGAUAAGGAUGGCGACGGAGAAGUGUCCGAAAGCGAAUUUCGAACGAUUAUGCGUAAAACAUGUCUCUACUGAAGUUUUUCUCUGCAUUAGAAUUACCGAGAUUUUUAAUGUCGCUUUCCGAUUGUUGCCGUUGAUCUCUCCAAGAUUUUGCUGCCACGAUCAGUUUGCCAAGGAUUCCCGUUUGUUUUGUAUUUUGCUUAUGCUCGAGGAAGUCAUUGUGUUGAGCGGAUCGCGGCUGUUCAGCGCUCAAAUGUGUUCCCAAAAAUUAAUAUUUUGCUUAUCCUUGUUGUAUCCGAAGGGUUAUUGUAAUUUUUUGCAUGCUUCUUAUUGUUGAGGAUUGUUUGAAACCAAAAAUUGUCGUUAUUGUUGCCGCUUAAAUGAGUUAUUUUGCCGAAUCUUGGCUUGAUCGAUUAUAUCUUUAAAUAAUGACUUUCUGAAUCACGCAUUGCAGGUUUAUCGUAUGAGAAGAAAAA